GGUGCCUGCCAGCCCCAGGCCUCCUGCCAGGAUUGCAUCCGCUCCCACCCCAGCUGCGCCUGGUGCAAGGACCUGGGGUUCCCGCAGGCGGGCGAGGGCAAUGGGGCGCGCUGUGCCACGCGGGACGUGCUUCUGCGCCGUGGCUGCCCCCCGGGCGAGGUGGUGGAGCCCGACAGCGAGACCCGGGUGCUGGAGGAUGAGCCCCUGAGCCCCAGCCACGGUCGCAUCACCCAGCUCGCCCCGCAGCGCGUUGCCCUGCGCCUCCGGCCCGGGGCGGCGCAGCGGCUGCAGGUGCGGUUCCGGCGAGCCAAGGGCUUCCCCGUGGACCUCUACUACCUCAUGGACAUGUCCUACUCCAUGCGCGACGACCUAGCCAACGUGCGGCGCCUGGGCAGCGCCCUCCUGGACACCCUGCGCCGAGCCACCCCCUCCGUGCGCAUCGGCUUCGGCUCCUUCGUGGACAAGACGGUGCUGCCCUACGUGAGCACGGUGCCGGCCAAGCUGCAGAACCCGUGCCCCGAGCGGGGCGAGCAGUGCGCCCCCCCUGCCAGCUUCCACCACGUGCUGCCCCUCACUGCUAACGCCAGCGAGUUUGAGCGCCGUGUCGGGCACCAGCGCAUCUCGGGCAACCUGGAUGCGCCUGAGGGCGGCUUCGAUGCCAUCAUGCAGGUGGCCGUGUGCGAGAAGCAGAUCGGGUGGCGAAAUGUGACACGGCUGCUUGUGUUCACCUCGGACGACACCUUCCACACGGCCGGCGAUGGGCGCCUGGGUGGCAUCUACCUGCCAAGUGACGGGCGCUGCCACCUUGGCCCUGAUGGCUUCUAUGUCAAGAGCCACGUCUACGACUACCCUUCGGUGGGGCACCUGGCCCAGGUGCUCUCGGCCGCCAACAUCCAGCCCAUCUUCGCCGUGACGGCUUCGGCGCUGCCUGCCUACCAGAAGCUGAGCAAGCUGAUCCCCAAGUCGGUGGUGGGGGAGCUGAAGGAGGACUCCAGCAACGUGGUGCAGCUCAUUGCCGAUGCCUAUAAUAGCCUGUCAUCCACGGUGGAGCUGCAGCACUCAGCGCUGCCGCCCGGCGUGUCCGUGACCUAUGAGUCGCACUGUGGGCCGGGGGCCGAGGAGGCCGGGCCCCCACAGGCUGAGGGCGGGCGCUGCUCUGGGGUGCACAUCAACGAGCAGGUGGAGUUCUGGGUGACAGUGCGGGCAGGCGCCUGCCUGCAGGGCACUCAGGGCUUCACGUUGCGGGUGCUGGGCCUGGCCGAGGAGCUGCACGUGGCGCUGGAGACGAGUUGUGGCUGCGACUGUGGUCCUUCCCUGCCCCGUGCCCCGCACUGCGCCGACCUUGGCAACCUCACCUGUGGCGUCUGCAGCUGCCCAGCAGGGCGCGUGGGGCGGCACUGCGAGUGCGACGCAGUGGAGCAGGGUGCGGCAGGGCACGGCUGCCGGGUGGCCAAUGGGACAGGCCCCGCGUGCAGUGGGCGGGGGCGCUGUGUGUGCGGCCGCUGUGAGUGUGACCCCCAUGUGCGCGGGGAUCGCUGUGAGUGUGACGAUGCUGGCUGCGAGCGCCACAGCGGGCGGCUCUGCGCAGGGCAUGGACAGUGUGUGUGCGGGAUGUGCCAGUGCGAGCCAGACUACAUGGGCAGUGCUUGCGAGUGCAGCCGGAACACCAGUGCGUGCGAGCGGGACGGGCAGGAGUGCAGUGGGCACGGGCGCUGCAUGUGCAACCAGUGCGUGUGCAACCCCGGCUACUUUGGCAGCCUCUGUGGCCGCUGCCCAGCCUGCCGCACCCCUUGCGAGCUGCACCGGGACUGCGCGGACUGCGGGGCCUUCAGGACAGGGCCGUUGAGCGGGAACUGCAGCGCAGCCUGCGCGGAGCAGGGAGUGGAGGUGAUGCUGCAGCCUGCGCCCGCCGUGGACGAGGCCUGGUGCAAGGAGAAGGCGGAGGACGGGCGCAUCCUCAUCUUCCUCAUCCACAACGAGGGCGGUGGCGUGAAGCUUAUCGUGAAGGACAGGGAGGCCGAGACCGCAGACCUGACGGCCCGGCUGGUGGUGGGGCUGGUCGUGGGCAUCGUGACGCUGGGACUGGUGCUCGUGGGGGCCUAUCGCUGCAUGCUGUGGUCCUACGACCGCCGGGAGUUUCAGCGCUUCCAGCAGGAGCAGCAGCACAGCCGCUGGAACGAGGUGAACAACCCGCUGUACCGGAGCGCGACCACCACCGUUGUCAAUCCCCACUACAACCAGAGCUGAGUCCAGCCUCUGCCGGCAGCCCGGGCAUCCAUGCCCCCCGGCUCUGCCCGCGUAACUAGGCUCCCUCGUGCUGCGUGCAAGCUCCCGCCGUGUGAUACCCCCUGCACCCUUCGGGCACCAGACCUGCUGGGAGCUAGGACUGCCCCCCAGCCCCCACCCUUGGCUCCCUCCCCAGGCUGCCCCCAGGGCAGGGACAGCCCGUGGUGCGCCAGGGGCAAUAAAGGGCUCCGGCGCU